AUGAGUGUCCUUGAAGCAAAGUUGGCAAGGCACGAUACUCGUAUUCGCAACAUUGAAAAGUGUGAAACGAGGUAUCCAGAUACGCCCCUCGUUGAGGAUGCAGUUGCUCCUGGAGUAGUCAUUUUAAGCGUCGAGGAUAUCCAGGACCUUCCCUCUGAUGGCGGCAAGACAGACGGAAUGGCAAUAUCCUUCGUCGAUGAUCAGGACUGUGGCUUCUUCGGUCCAUCGUCAAAUAUCGCCUUCAUGAGGCAUAUAAUUCGGGCAAUCGCCAAGAGGGAGAGGGUCUACGACCUUCACUCCAUUGCACCUGGCGUUGACAUUGGCCUUUACGAGCCGGAAUUGAUCCAAAUCCCGCGGCUCAUGUCACCAGGCUCACCAGGCAAUGUCGAUACAAUGGAAGACGCCGUGCCAGCUGCCAACCUACUUCCGCCGGAGACCGAGACGCUUAAAUGGAUUCAGAUAUACUUUUCUGGAACUGGUCUACUCUUCCCCUUCAUACACGAACAGACAUUCCUAGAAACCUAUGAACGAGUCCGGCAAGGCAACUACAGAAAUAACAUGCGUAGGACCUGGCUAGGACUUCUCAACAUGAUUAUUGCCAUGGCCAUGCGGACAGAAUCAGCGGCCGAAGAAGACGUCCGAGUCGGUGGUCUUGAUGAUCCAGAAACCUACUACCGACGGGCACGAGAGAUUUGCAAAACACAAAUGCUCCGAGGCACAACAUUGGAAACUGUUCAGUACUUGCUGCUCACAAGCAUGUAUCUCCAAGGGACUCAGAAGUCGGUACAGGCUUGGUCCAUGCACGGAUUAGCUGUGAAGGGUGCAUUGUCAAUUGGCUUGCACUCGAAAGAUGCGAUGUCAAAGUUUCCCACAGUGGAGCAGGAGAUGAGGAAAAGAGCAUGGUUUGGCUGCGUCAUACUUGACAGGAGUCUGAGUAUGACGUUUGGCAGGCCCAGUGCAAUCCCUGAUGAGUAUGUGAAGCUUGAGCCGGCGAGGACAAUUCCACGGUGCGGCGCACUCACAGCGUUACCUCACAUUCACGACGAGAUAAGCACUGCAUUCUAUAAUGCAACGGCUGCCUUGUACAAAAUUCUUUGGAAGAUCAUGGGUACCUUGUAUGGUCAUAACCUGGGCUGCGACGAACCCUUUCUCGAAACACAGAUGGCAACGCACCUUAUCCAAAUUGAGAUCCAGCUUGCGGAAUGGCAGAGUGCUCUGCCUCCAGAUCUUCAACUUCGCUCCUCGGAUUCACUGCCUUUGGGAUACGAUUUAAAAGAUCCCAUACUCGAAAAGUUCCACUUGGUCUUGUCCUUGAGGUAUCUGAGCACACGUCUACUUCUGUACCGGCCUUGCCUCACCAAAUCAUUGAAAGACGAUAGCUGGAAGUCCCGAGGAUCUCCCAAUGCUCAGUUCUUUCAGGUAGGCGUCCACACAGCCUUUGAACGGGCUUGUGUGCGCGCCGCCGAAGAGAUCAUUGACAUAGUGCACUCGGUCCUCCACAGACCCGGGCUGGGGAGGAAUUUGCUAGGGGCUUGGUGGUUUAACGUCUAUUACGUGUUCAAUGCAGCCCUCGCCGUUUUCGCGAGUCUUCUCCUCCCUGACGAACAUGGACCAGGAGCUAUGAGUGAAGUAGAGAGGUUGAAUAGAGGCACGCAAUACAUCGACAAAUCUCAACAGGCCCUCACGAAGAUCCACGCCUCAAAUCCAAUCCUGAUUCGAUGCGUAGACUACUUGAAACAGCUAUCAAAAUUUACAGUGUCCUGGGCCGCCUCCAUAGAAUCAACAUCGAGUCAGCCAACACUCUCCGACGAAGUCCAAGCAGCGCAAUCCUUGCCGCUGUUUGGAUCCGACACUGAAAUAAGCGGGGACACUGCUCUGGAUUGCUCAGUACAAACACCUCCAUUCGCGAUCAAGGAGGACGAGUUUGGGCUUGAGCUCGUCGAUUAUGCACUAGUGUCUGAAGUUCGAGAUGUCCUGCGGCAUCACGAGAUUGAUACAGUCAUAUCCACUUUGAACCUACAAUGGCCAGGGGCAGCAGACUCACAGAUCAACCUCAUCCGCGCGGCGGCCCAGUCGGGAUCCGUUAAGAGAUUCUUACCAAGCGAGUUCAAUAUCGACUAUCAUUCUCCCGCCGAACAGAUGCCAUACCCAUUUCGCCACCUGUUUCUGCAGGCCGAGCAAGAGCUCCGCCGCCAUCAGCAUUUGACAUUUACGCUGGUCCGAAAUGGCUUUUUCAUGGACUAUAUGGGGCUGCCUUUCGCGGAGACAAACCUGCACCCUCUCUAUGCUCUCCUGGACCUGGAUGCUGGCAGAGCGGUCUUGCCAGGAGACGGCACAGACACAGUUGUGUUUACGCAUACGCGUGAUGUAGCCAAAUACGUCAGCAAGCUCCUGGAACUCUCCGACGAGCUGUGGCCGAGCGAGUCUGCCAUCGUAGGGCAGAGAAUCGUGCUUAAAGACCUGGUCAGAUUGGCCGAAGAUAUUACAGGACGGCAAUUCGAUAUCAGCUUUGAUGCUCUUGAGAAGCUCAAGGGCGGCGACACAACUGAGCUUCCUUCAAACAAGCUGUGUUACGGCUACUUCCCAGGAGGCAAGCAAGAACUGAACAGUAUUAUUUGUACCAUGAUGAUAGGAAUGGUAUCUGGAGUGUUUGAUAUCAAGGGAACCAGUCUGGAUGAGAUGUUCCCCGAGAUUGAGCCGCUGCAGAUGGAACCAUUUCUUCGAGGGUGCUGGGCGAAGAGGUCCUGA